AUGAAGCCCUCUUCGUUCCUCGUUGCCGCCCUCGCCAUCGUCCCCGGCGCCAUGGCCGUCGACCAGAUGAAGAACAUCAUCGUCUGGGCGCAGGACGACACCACUACCGACGCCAUGAUCGAGAAGGCCAAGUCGGCCAUCAUUGAUGCCGGUGGCAAGGUCACGCACAUCUACAGCACUCUCAUCCGUGGUUUUGACGCCAUCGCGCCUGCCAAGGUCGUCGAGGCCAUCUCCGCCUUUGACGCCGGCCUCAAGGUUGAGGAGGACCAGAUUGUGACGACAUACCAGAACAAGGACAACUAG